AUGCUCCUCAGAAAAAUAAAUAAAUCGUAUGAGGUACAGCAGGAAUUACCCGAACAGUUGGAUGCUGAAAAUGCCUAUGAUCAUAGUACUUCUCUAAACAAGGUACCUGCUCCCAAGACGUUGACUUUGCACACUUGAUCCAAGAUUCUGAUGCUGGUAUUGAAACGAUUCUGCCAUUUCACGGGCAGCAAACUGGCUAAGGAAGUGCAAUAUCCUGAGCGCCUUGACAUGCGACGCUACGUGUCUGGGCAGAACGGGGGGUCGCUGACUUAUGUGCUCUAUGCCGUGCUGGUGCACGCGGGCUGGAGUUGUCACAGCGGACAUUACUUCUGUUACAUCAAAGCUGGGAACGGCCAGUGGUACAAGAUGGAUGAUGCGAAGGUGACCGCCAGUGACGCGACGUCUGCCCUGAGCCAACACGCCUAUGUCCUCUUUUACGUCCAGAAGAGUGAAUUGGAAAGAGACCGUGCGAGUGAGCCAGGUGCUGGGGAAUCCACAUCCCUCCAGGCUGACCACGCAGGCACGGCUGCGGCCCAAGGGGGGCCUGAAACCGACCCCAACAUCGAGGUGCCACAAUUGGAGGAUCACGUGGAAGAGACACCACUGCCAGCAAUCACGUUAGACCAGUGGAGAUGCCUCCAAGAAAGCCACCGUCCCAAGUCUGAACUCAACCUCAGGAAACUAGAAUUUGCUCUUCCCCCCGACGCAGUCCUAAUUCACCAGUCCAAAUACAGAGACGAGAUGGGAAAGGAUCACCGUGAACCAAACAUCCACCGGCUCAACAGUUCAGCCAGGGACAUCCCACCUCAGAGGGCAACGGCCAUUAACCAAGUCCCUUGUCUCACCGGCAGAGCCAGAGCUACCAAGAGGAAGAACAAGAAGGGACAGAGGUCUCAGGAAGCAGUCCAGGGAUCCCACUACAGGCUUUGA